AUUUCCCUCAAACCCGCGAAAACUCCAUCUCACCGUUCCCUCCAGAACGCACUUUCAUAACCAAAACCCCCAAAUCGCCGCCGCGCUUCCAAGGGAAGCUGUUCAGGAGUCUAUCGAUAUCCGCCGCUUAUUUUCCGGGGACGUGAAAGAAGCGCAAAGCUUUGCUGGUGAUACUCCGAUUUGCCGACUUGUCGGCUUAUGGUGGUGUGUGUUUCCCUGUAGCGAGAACACCUUCCGUCCCGGACCCGUCGAAACAGCAGGAACAGUAGGGUUUGCGACGGAAGUCAUGGGAAUAGACCGGCCAAACCAGUUUUCUGAUAUGGAGGAUGCCGAUUUCGACGAUUCACAAUUAGCAUAUCAUGUUAAGGAUAUUCUCAAUUCAGUUUUGAUUGGUGAAAACGACCUUUAUAACCAGCUUGUUGGGGUUAUGCACCGUUCGAGAAAUCUUCAAUUUGAUGAGGUUGGCUUGCUUGAGACGAGUUUAACAGCGCUAUCUGGAGCUGUUUCUUGUUUAGACAUUGCUCAUCAUGAGUCCCUUCUGUCUGUUAUAUUUAGUAUGAGCUUGUGGAACUACAGGCCUAGUGUGAUGGACGCAUUGGUUGAACUGAUUGUGUCCAUGGCUAUUUCAAAUGGAAAAUUUGUUGAUUUGUCUUUAGGGAUGCUAGUAAGCAAUUUUAUGCCGCCUCCUUAUUUCCUUGAUAGAUUGAAGCACCCACGUGGUCUUGAGAGGAAGUACCAAGUUACUUCUCGGGUCCAUGCUGCUUUGGAAAAGAUAACUGAAUAUGUGCCUCUUGCCCCCUUAAGAUUAUUGCCAAUAGUUCUCGAGGGAAUGCCAACAAUCCAUAGGAAUGAUCACGCAAUUGUCAUUUAUGUGGAGAACAUGUUAAAGUUGGAGGGCAGUGCAAUUGGAGAACUUGUUGGAGGCACACUGCUUAUGGCAGUGGUUGAUAGGUUGAUAGAUCUUGAUGUGUCCAUUGGUUGGGAUGAAAUGUUAGAGGAAGACUUCUGCAAAGGCAUAUUUGAUAUGGAGUUACUCGACUUGGAUCAAGAUGUAGACUAUUCUGAGGAAGAUGGCCAUGAGCUUCAUCCAUUAAGUUGUAAGAGUCUGGCUGGAAACGCAAUUGCUGAAUUAUUAGAUAGCCUGAUGGUAAUGACUUUCAGUCAUCUUGAAUCUUGUAAAGAUACAGGGCGUUUAAUGGAGGUAUUUGAGACUCUUCUCCAGUCAUUCCAAUUAACAGUUUUGAAUGCACACAAGUCAAAAUUUGCACAGUUUGUAAUGUUUUAUGCAUGUGCCCUAGAUCCUGAAAACUGUGGUCUGAGAUUUGCCACAGUGCUGGCAGAUAUUUUUGUGCAGAAUCUUCAUUCCGAGCUUACCAGGAUGAGUGCGGUGGCAUAUCUUGCUAGUUACCUUUCUCGAGGAAAGUUUCUGUCAGCCUCUUUUGUUGCCAUCAUCCUGAAAAGGUUGGUGGACUGGUGUAUGGAAUAUUGCAAAACCCAGGACGGUGAUGUAAACCCAAAAGCGCAUCGAGUUUUUUAUUCCGGAUGCCAGGCCAUUAUGUACGUGCUUUGCUUUCGCAUGAAAUCUUUUAUGGAUGUUGCACGGCUGAAGUCGCAGCUUCUUCUCAUGCCUCUAGAGGCAAUUUUAAGACAUAAAUUGGGCCCAUUGAAGGUAUGCCUUCCAUCUGUGGUACAAGAGUUUCUCCGGCUGGCAAAAGCAGCUCGUCUCUUUACUGUUUCCAAAACAUUUGUUUUUGAUGACCUACUGGAGUCAGAACUCUCAAGGGCAUUUGGUGGACUGGAAAGGCUUGAUAUGUUCUUUCCAUUCGAUCCAUGUUUACUGAAAAAAAGUGGCAGUAUCAUCCGUGAACACUAUGUCUUCUGGUCAACCGUAAGACCCAAGUAUGAUGACAAGGAAAGCAGCAGUGAUGAAGAAGAUAUUGAUGAGGACUUUGUGGACGAAAAUGAGGAUAUUUUGGAUGAUGGGAUUGCAGGAAGCUCUGAUGAACAUGGGAUUUGUCUCGAUGAAUUUGACUAUGCAUUGAACAAAAUGUCCAUAACACCGAAGGACUCCUUCAGUUUCAAGUUCGGAGGUCGUUUUCAAGAACAUACAAGAAUGCCUUCAAGAAUCAGGCCCUCAACAAGUCCGGAGUCUUUGUGAGUUUGGCAAUGAUAUUCAACUCCAUUCCAAAGUCUGGACAAAAGAAAUGUACUGCCUGCCUGUUCCAAGAAGCAUCUCAGAUCACGGGUUUUGAAGAAUUCUUCGGUUUUGCCGUGUGGAAGGUGCCUGAGUUUUGCUUUCUUUUGGUAAAUUCUUUCCGUAGUGAUGUAUAAGCUUAUCAUCGACAAUAUAACCCUAGUAAAAUCACUGAAAUUAUCAUAUAGAAAUGUGUUGUAAUGUGUAUUCUUUCCUUGCUGGUCCAAAAAAGAAAAAAAAAAAAAAUCU